CGUGUGGGGAUGUGUUUUAACCUUCCUUUUUGCCCCGUCGUCCCUCCAGCUAUCUAACAACAGCGUAGCCGAUGUUGGCUAGCUGGCGGCGGGGUGCGUUUAUUCGACCAGCUAGUGAGGGUUUGAUCCAGCUUGGAGCAUCCUGCUAGCCUAGCAGCUAAGUUAGCAACUGGGAAGAAGGAAGUUGAGGACCAGAGUCACCAAUCAUGGCAGGUGGAAUUACAGACACCGGGGAACCCUACUCGGCAUUUGUGGGGCUGGUGUAUAUGUUUAACCUGAUUGUGGGAACAGGAGCUCUGACGAUGCCCAAAGCCUUCGCUACAGCUGGCUGGGUGGUCAGCUUAGCACUCAUCACCUUUUUAGGAUUUAUGAGCUACAUGACCACCACUUUUGUGAUCGAGGCGAUGGCAGCGGCCAACGCUCAGCUGCGCUGGAAGAGGAGAGAGCAGGAAGAGGUUAUUGACAGCGACUCAAGUUCUGAGUAUUCAGAUGAUGACGUCAUGGGCCGAGGCCGAUCAGAGCCGGAGACAAAGCCCAUCUUGUCUGUUCAAAGAUCAGGUGCCGUUGAUCAUUUCGACAUCUUGGAGCGAGUUGAGAUGGGUCAAAUGGCCUCCAUGUUCUUCAACAAAGUUGGCGUCAAUAUGUUCUACAUCUGCAUCAUAGUCUAUCUGUAUGGAGACCUGGCCAUCUAUGCAGCAGCUGUGCCUAUAUCACUCAUGGAGGUUGCCUGUGGAAACCACUCCUGCAGUGCUGGAAGUGUGAAGUACAACGAUACAGACCCAUGCUGGGGCUCUGUGACAAGGAAAGAUGCGUACAGGGUGUUUCUGAGCGUGUUCACUCUUCUGUUGGGGCCGUUCACCUUCUUCAGUGCCCAGAAGACCAAAUAUCUUCAGAUUCUCACUUCGCUCAUGCGCUGGAUUGCAUUCACCAUGAUGAUCAUCUUGGCUCUAAUCCGCAUCAGUAAAGGCCCAGGUGAGAUCCACCCACCAGUCGCUUCCCUCUCUGGGGUCCCCAACCUGUUCGGGGUGUGCGUCUACUCCUUCAUGUGCCAACACUCGCUGCCCUCGCUGGUGACGCCCAUCUCCGACAAGAAGCGCGUCGGCACGCUGGUGUUUGCAGACUACGUCCUGAUCCUGGGCUUCUACGCCCUUCUCUCGUUCACCGCCAUCUUCUGCUUCGACAGCUCACUGCUGCAUGACAUGUACACCCUGAACUUCACAGACAACUGCAGCGUGUUAGAUAUUCCAGUGCUGCGCUACUUCCUGGGCUUGUUUCCCGUUUUUACCAUCAGCACCAACUUCCCCAUCAUUGCCGUCACGCUUCGCAACAACUGGAAGACCCUGUUCCACCGGGACGGAGGCACCUACCCAUGGGUGGUGGACCGCGUCGUGUUUCCCCUCAUUACUCUGGUGCCACCAAUCGUGGUGGCCUUCUGCACCCACAACUUGGAGUCCCUGGUGGGUAUUACAGGGUCCUAUGCUGGCACAGGGAUCCAGUACAUUGUCCCAGCCUUCCUUGUGUAUUACGCCAGACGCCAUCUGGAGCCUGUGAUGGGCAGAGAUGCCGUCAACAAGCACCAGUCUCCUUUCCGCCACGCCUUCUGGGUGUGGUUUGUUUUGCUGUGGGCCGCCUUCUGCCUCAUGUUUGUCACAGCCAACAUCAUCCUGACUGACACUAAGAAAUGAGAACUUGUGUUAUGAAAAUCUCCAUCUGUACGGCCAGUUCCUUUGUUCCUGUACACGAGGCCUUACAUGCUGCUGGUUGGACAGUGUGCCUUUUAAUGGAACUUUUGUUGCAUAAUUUAAAUGUAAUUUAGAGUAAUUUAUCAAAUUUGUUGAAAGGGACCAAAUGUCAGAUUUUAUGAUGAAAGCUGGAACAGUGCAUGACAGUACUGAAAGGGAAUUUAUUAAAAAGGAUUUUUAUGUCAACAAACACCUGACAGUCUGGGGUUUUCACAAGGUUUUGCACAUUUUUAAAAUAUAUCAAAGGAUUCGGUGCGCUUCAGAUGAACGAUUUCACCCACAGCUUUGUCUGAACCCAUCGGAACAGACCUGCUGUCGUAGAGGUACGACGUGAUGAUGUGUACAAAUGUUGAUAAUGGCGGUCUGUCCUCAAAGGCAUUCAUGGUGUUGUAUUUGUUCACACAUGAGGUGGCAGAGUUAAGAAGAGAAACAAGCCUGCCUACCUCUUACAUGUCUGAUUGUGGUGUGGUUGCUGGAUUUCUGGUUUUGGAUAAAUGCAGAAAUUCCAAUGUUGGAAAGCUUCGGUCCAACAAACACUUUGUUUGAAGCUUACUUAUGACUUUAGAGUUCUGUGUGUUGUCCGUUAUGUAGUUAUUUUAGUAUGUCUUAUUCCAAACUAUAGAAAAGGCACAGUGUUAAGACGCUGAGGGUUCCACUGGAUCUUCAUAGCAGAAUGUUCCUAUAAACAUAUAUUAAAGCCAUUGAAAAGCAUUGACAAGAAAAA